UUUUUAUACAUUAUCCAUAUAUGUUUUAGUUCCACUUUUGAACAACUUCUUAGUACAAAUAUUAUUCUCAUUAAACAGGAAGUUAAGAGUUGCUCGAAUAGGAAAAUGAAGGAAACAAAUACUAGCUAUCGUACAAAUGAAGGUUGGUGUGCCUCAGUGGGUGACCAUGCACAAGUCUCUCCUUGAUGAGAGAUCUUGGGUUCAAUUCCCACCUAGAAAAGAUGAUGAAGGCUUUGCUUCCCGUGAUUCUCUCUACAUUUACGGAGUAGCUCAUGAGUUGAGGAUGAAGAAGAUAGUAAUGUAGUUAGUGGGUUCAUGCACCGGUAGCAGCAAUUUGAAAGGGAUAGGUGGUGUAAGUUUCGCUGAAUUCGUCUUUAGAGCUUAUCAAUGAAGCUUACUUAUAAAUUUACUUGUGUAAGGACUUUGAUUGAUAGUUCAUAAAUUUCAGAAUUAUAGCCCACACCAAAAAAAAGGAAACAAAUACAAAGACUACUAAAUAGAAUAGUGCACAAGUGAAAUGACGAAAUGAACCCACAUGGCAGAGACGAAAGAGGAAUUUGGACGUUGAAGACUCGGACAACAUUAGACUAUUAGAGCAUCUCCAAUGGUGCACAUGUGGCAUGUGAGAUGACCACAUACAUACUCAUAAAUAAAUUAUCACUCUCCUUAUUUGAAUGAUUUUAUACAAUUUUGGUAAGUUAUUUUAAGGGAAAACUGUCAAAUAGACCCCCAUACUAUACUGAAAAAGUCAAUUAAGUCCUCGUACUAAAAAAACACCCAAUCAAGCACCCCAACUUAAAAAAAAAAUCAAUUCGGUCUUUUAGUAGGUAAACAACAGGUCAGCCGGUAAAUGUGUACACGUGGCGCAGAUGUGGAUUUUUUUUUUCUGUUUUUAUUUCCUGUUUUGCUUCUUGUUUCCUCAUACGCUUGUUGCUCCAUUUAUAAUCUUCUAUCAACAAGGCGGAGCCACGGUGACUAUAAACCUCCUCUUGCACACCCACCUAAUUAAUCAAGACCGUAUGAGCAAUAAAAGACAGAUGGACAGUCCACGGGGCUAACAGAGUACCAGCGGCAACAAAUCGGCAAAAAAUAUACGUAGUAUAUCGUUCGAUCCAAAACUUCCGGCGUCCCCUUCGUUAAAUUAAUGGAUUAGGUGAGGCGACUGCUACACCAUUUGAGGUCCGAAAUCACAGGCCACGGGCCCACAACUUGCUCCUAAGGGCUGCACUUGGUGAAGUUAGGAUGCGGCGGCAGACCGACAGUGGGUGAAAGCGUAAAAACAAGGAUCUGGCGAGCUGAGAAUUGGGGUGAAGAAGAAGGGAAAUUUGGAAUGGAAGAAACAGAAAGAAAUAAAAAAAAUACACUAGUUGCAGAUCUACUUGCAGGCAUACGUAGACCAGGCCAAUAAGGAAGAAGAAAGGAGGGAGCCGGAAGAACGAAGGAAGAAAGAAGGAAAGAGAAACAAAGAGAGAAAGGAAAGAAAAGGAAAAGAAAAUGAAAAAAUCCACCUCAGCGCCAUUUGUAUACAAUUACCGGUUGACCGGUUGCAAACUUACUAAAGAGGCGAAUUGAUUUUUUUUUUAAAGUUGGGGUGCUUGAUUGGGUGUUUUUUCAGUACGGGAGCUUAAUUGACUUUUUCAGUAUAGUACAGGGGCCUAUUUGACAGUUUUCCCUUAUUUUAACAAUGUCAAGCACAAUGUCUAUAUCUAGACAGUCUCCUUGACAUUACAGAGAAAAACUUACCAAAUUUGUAUAAAAUCAAUUAAAUAAGAAGAGAGAUAAUUUAUUUGGUGAUAUUUGUGUGGCUAUCUCGCAUGACAUAUGUGCACCGUGCAAUAAGAUUCAAGAUGGUCUUAGCAUGCUCACAUAGUCAUACAUGAACUUCAUUCAGCUAGACGAAAUGAAGAAUUUUAAUCUAUCAUAUAUAUACUCCGUGCUACAUAUCAUAUCAUCUGUGCAGGAGAGGGAAAAAGCGUUCACGGAAAUCAGACUGGUAAGAAAUCAUGAAGAGGAGAAGAACAAGGAGCAGCCCGACCCCCCAGGGGGUGGUGCCGGCCCGGUGAAGGGAGUCCCUCUCCGGCAACCGCAAGAAGAACAGCCGCGGCGGCGACUUCUCGAGUCUGGAAAGAAGGUGCAAGCAGAGGAGGAGGAGGAGCGGGGAGAGCAUGAGAAGCAGCUUGAUUUGGUCUAUGACCCCCUCCAGAACGGAGUCAUAGUUGAUGUACCACGUGAUGCCCACGAGCAUCAACACUGUGGCCAUGAAGAAGCAAAGGUGGGCUGAUAACGCCGGAGGCGGCGCCGCCUGAGAAUAAUAACCGCCCGCCACCGCCAUAUAUGUGUAUGUAUAUAUUUAUAGGUUGAUUUGAUAUGAUGGAUGAAUAAAUGAGUGUUAAUGGGAUUCUGGAUCAAAGCUAGCUAAAUUGGUUCCCUCGGCUGGAUGGGUUAACUAAAGUAACAAUACAUUCUUUGAUCAACAAUGAAUUGAAACACUACAUGCAUAGCUGCUUUUACAUCUACUACGUAGUAUAUACCAAACCAGAUUCGGCGGGCGUGCCUUUUAUAGAGGUCGAUGGAAUUAAAGCCCGCCCCGGUGGCCGGUGCUAUAUUGAGUUCUUG